AUGAGUUCAUCGCGGGAGAAUCCAUUAUGCUUCUCAAGAUAUGAUUUGACAACCGAUGUGAAACGCUCUAUGGUGGCCCCCCCGCCCAUAAAGAGCCUAAUCAGAAAGGUGUCAAUAGACAGUUGGCAUAUUAGAACAGAAGGAGUUUGUGGAUGGUAUACGUACAUUGUAUAUCAAAUCUCGACAGUAUAUCAAACGCCGAAUGGACCACUUUGCAACACCGUAUCAUAUAAACGAUACUCGGCAUUCGCUCGGCUAUACAAUACAUUAGCUGAUAGAUACGGAUGGCAAAAUGGUAGUUUAUUAAAGGAAUUUGUAGUGGGUAAUACAAAAGAACCGUUCAUUCAGCGACGAAAAGAAGAGUUAGAGUCAUUCCUCAAUUACCUCAUUGAAUGGAGAGAUAAUGACUUGGAUAUUGUGACGUUUCUUGGCAUUAGUGCAGAUGCAAUAAUUAAAGAACAUAAACAACGAUCCGAGAAACAGAGGCAAGACAAAAGUAUUCUAGUCGACAAAGACCGAUUUCGCGUUAAACGAUCUAGAUCUGUAAGGUGGAGUGAUCAAUCAUUCGAAGAGGAGUGGAAGGUUGCCAACAGCAAUCAAACAAGUCAGUUUUGA